UACUGUUUCCAUUCGUUCGCGCAAGUCAACCUAAGUGUUUUGCCACGCGUAACUAUGACUACGUUCUAAAGGAGACACUUGACACGUUGCUGGGAACCGUAUCGCCAACUAAUUCGAACAAAAUCAUCCUCGUGAAAGAACCCUUCGAAAUGAACGACAGAGACGAUAGCGCGUGGGUUUUUGAUUCCCUGAUAGGAUUUCUUCAGGGACCCAUUUGGUCGACGCCUCUGAUCACCUUCGUCGAAGAGAAAUCUUUAAUAUUCGAGGCGGACGUCGAAGACAACAACGAGUAUCGAAAGACGUAUCAAGAGUACAAAAAUCUAGUAGAUUUAUUGCUUGGUUGUUUCAUGGAAGACAUGGGCAUCACUCCGGAGCAAUUCGAGUACGCUUGUACCGUGAACAAGUACACGAAAAUGCCUGUACAAUUUCAGCAGAAUUUGUUCGAGCAAAUAUGGGCGGCCAAUGAAUAUGAGAUCUUCAAAAGGAUGAUGAUACAGAAAAAUCUGGAACUGCAGUUGCAGGCUUUGAAUAUGAUUGAACAAAAAUAUGGUCUGACCCCUGCAUCUUUGGUGUACGAAACUGACGGAUCGAGCGAUGACCCUUUGGUCAUGGAGGAGAUAAUUCAGAAACACGCAUUGGAGAACGACUCGGAAGAAGAGCAAGAUAUGUCCUCGGAAACAUCGCUGAUCAAGGAACACGAACGCUUGGCUGCUAAAUAUAACAACGAGAGAGCACUACUGGAGGAAGCUUUGAAAGCUUCGCAAGAAAAGAUUCUCGAUACUGAGGUAAAAGAAAAAGAAGAGGAAGAACAAUUGAAAAGCGAGAAAGAAGAAGAAGAAGAAGAAGAAGAAGAAGAAAAAGAAAAGUUGGAUGAUGUCAAGUUUGAGAGACCUGUUCCUUCAAAUUUAACACCUACACAGGAGUCUAAAUCAGAGGAGCAAAACGUGUCGGAAGAAGACAUAAGGAAGAGACAAGCUUAUCUGAAAGCCAGACGCGACAAACUAGUGGCUCUGAAGAAGGAGGCGAGAAGCCAGCGAUUGGAAAUGAAUUCUACUCGGCCAAGUUCCGCGAGGACAGUAGCGCAAGCAACGAUAAAAGGAGAGCAAGAACUAAAAUUACCGGAACCCCUGGAGCCAUCCAUAUUGCAAGUGCGCAAAGCGCUCGCGGCUCGUCUUCAAGCUGAAGUCGUGCGUAAGCAAUCGAACUAAUAAUAACACUGAUUUCGAGAAUACGCAUUCAAGAAAUUGAAAGGUAUUUCUUGAGAAACAGAAUGAAGAGGUAAAGAGAGAGAACGUCCUGAAUAUAGUAAUUGCAUAAACUUCUAGCAUUGACGGUCUAGAAAGAAGAUAAGAACAGUAGGCAUUUUAUCGAGUAAAGAAUUUAUGUAGUGGAACGAGUUUAGAUGCGUAUGAAAUAUUUCUAUUUUUCAAGCAAUAGUACAGUCGCGUAAAACGAAGCCAGAGAUUCCACCACUCGUCUUUAUGACUAGUUUAUAGAAAACUAAUACUUAGUUGAUUCAUUGAUUAGAUUCUCUUUUUUUCUAUAUACUGCAGUUUUCACAGUUAAAGAAUAUAGAUAAUUAAGCCGAGUGGUCGAAUGUUAAAUUAUAUGAAACUGUACAUAGUAUUUUCACUUGAAGAAUCCUGCAAAGAAAAUACAUUUUCCCUUCUAUGAAACAUAAAUUUAAAAAUGUCACUACAGACAAUUUUCUGUCUAUGACAGGAUAAAAACAUCUAUAAAAUUUCUUAAAAGGGACAAUAUAUUUUCUUCUUCUAUGUUCUUCACUGGCAAAUGCUACUGAAAUUAAGAUCACUUGCAAUUAAUUUCACUAAUGGUACACAUAUGCAACUGGAAUAUAAAAUAGAAAAGAAAAGAUACGUUUUAUAAUAAAGAUUUAUAUAAGUUUCAGAAGAAUACGAAUUGUGUAAAUAAAUGAAGAAAAAGAAUGUUUAUGGAUGUUUUAAACUCUUCCUUUUUUUUAAUAACGAAGAAAAGAAGAAAGAAACGUACACCGAAAAUUAAUCGUGCGAUGAAAUGAAACAUGGAUAUGUUGGAAAGAAAAUCUGUUUUACAUAUAAUUGUCUAAUAGCAUAAAUCGUAUAAAUCACAAUUAGACAGUAGAACCAAGACCGAUAACGAUUACAUCCAUACAAAGAAAUGUCCUUCUCCCAUUGUUUAAACACUGAGGUAAGUUAUGACUCCGUUCCAUUAACCAAUUCUUCUAAUUUUAGGGUUUUAUUUAAUUAAAUAUUUUCCGCACUUCUACAGCACACUAUUCCGUUGUAACACACAUUUAAUCAUUCUUCCAUCGGUUUUUUUUUUUUUUUUUGACUGUCCGAUUAUGAAAAUGAAUAAUAAAUUCGUGGUGGAAUGCGAGCGAAAUUCUAUUAAUUUUUUAAUUGUAUAGGAAGGAAAUUAGUGCAUUUAAAAUUAUAUUUUGAACCACAUAUUUUGUAGAAUGCUACUUUUGUGAUCUGUAAAAUGACUACUUUUAUUCAUUGUAUAGUAAACCGUCCGCUAACUGCACGCGUUCGGGGCUGUACACACGCCUGAUCUCAAAGUAAAAGAUACGAUAUGAAAAUGAAUGCAACAGACAUAAUAAGUAGAAAUGAAAUUAAACGAAAUAGUUUAUAUAGUUCUUUAAAUGAAUUUACCUUACCUUAUAUGGGAAGAUAGGGUAGAGCUUAUUUAAAUAUCAUAAAAAUGUCGCAAUUUGAAAAAAAUUUCUGUUGAUAAAAGUGGUCAUUUUAUACAUUAAGGUACCGAUCGUCAAAGUGUUAAAUAAAGAUUAAAAAGAAAGUGAAGAAUUGUGGCUCGUUUUCCACCGCGAAUCUCACAUUUAAAUUCUCGUUUUGCUGCUCAUGUGAUCGUUCAUACUUCGCUAGAAUAAAAUGCAAAAUAUUCGUUUUCCGCAUGUUCAUCAUUCAACUAUUAUCGUACUACACACAAAACAAAGUUCUUCUUUCCCUUAUGCUUGCUCUUAUAAUUCAAAUGGUAUUUCUUCUUUUUCUUUUGUUACGAAUAGCUUCUCAUAUAAAAAGGUGUCUUUUUCUGUGCGUAUAUGUGUACACGCACGGUCACGUGUCCUGUACAUAUAUACACCAGAGAAAAAUCGUUUCGAUCUGUCGUUAUACAUAUAUGUAUAUGUGUAUAUAUGUAUAUAAUAUAAUAUAUAUAUAUAUAUACAUAUAUAUAAUUAAAACGCAUUAUAUUAUUAACACGUGGUAUUGUACAAUGUGUGCAAAUGUUUUUUUUUAUCAUGUAAUUUUAAUAUUACAUCAAUGUGUGACGGCUGCGAAAAUUUCUCUGUUUCUGCUACUUCGGCACCGAUCUCUGCACGGAUUCUUUUAGCUUCCUCAUCCGACUGAAAUGAAAGAAAAAAAAAAAAA